UCAUUUUGCUAAGAUACUUCUCCUUGACAGUAUGUAUGAGUGGAAAACUGCGCACCUUUUUCUGACAUUGUUUAUGACGUUUCAAGUUGGUAACCAAAUAUAUGGUACCACUGAAAACCAUGGAGACAAAUACUGCUUCAUUUGGUACCUGGCCUUGUUUAUAGAAGUAUUUUAAAUAAGAAGUUUUAGGCCAAAAAUAAGUCUCCAAUUACAAUGAAAUACUGUUUCACCAAAGCCGCGCGGCAAGAAACAUGUAUAUAGGAGCGGCUUGCACUGGCUCAACAUUAACAGGAAACAGGAUGAAGAGUCUGAACACAAUCCUCCUUUUUAAUUUUUGAAAGUUAUUUUCAGCAUGAAUCUUCUCUAUGGUUUUUGUUCUUCGCAAACACAAGGCACAAACAUUAAGCCAUGAAACUGGCUUUCAGCAGUACAUCCAUUUUUACCUUACUUUUUGGUUUCACAAAGCUGCUUGUUUGAAAUGGUCUUUCUGCUUAGAAUACAAAGGGUGUUUCUUUACUCUUUAUAAAUACACAAAGCCGUUCAUGUGCAAUAUCAAGGAGCACGAACAUCUUCUGUCAGCAAAAUUUGGGGGUUAAAUUGAUAUGUGGUAGAACACCUUUGUAAAAUGCUCGGGCUAAAUGGUUCUCAGGGACCUCUGCUCAGGUGCAACAGUAGAAAACACUGUAAUUCUACACCCCAGUACGACCCUCCACUGUGGUGUUCAUCGAGUCCACAACCUCAUGAGUAUUGAUAACAGCUAUGUCUCAAGAUAUGACUCGAGCUCUUGCUUGAUUUGGGUUGGAAAACACAGGUUUGCCUCAAACAUUAAACUUGCGUUUUUAUUUUGCUGGUCUGUUGCGAACAGUCAACUGUUUGAGUUUUUUGGAAGUUAAUAAAGGUUGAAAGUCUCUAUAUAUUUGCAAUGCAACAUCACAUUGACGUUUUUGCACGUGUAAUAAAAGUGUGAUAAAAGUGCGCUCGACUGACACCUACAGGUCUUUCAAGCUAAUAUAAGUUUACAUAUACAACUGACCAAGAAGGUUUCAGUUUUAUGGAAGUGAUCUCGAACUAGAAUUCUUCUGGAACAGCAAUGUAACAUAACCCUUAAUAACCCCUGGGUUAUUCAAACUUUCAAGUUGAGUGAAGCUAUUUUCUGACAGGACGUGACCCGAUCAGAGAGUGAGGACUGUAGAAAAUGAUUCUAUUCCAUUUAUAGUUUUCAUGUGGGUCAGUUCGACAUCACGCGCUCUUAUUUUUAAGUCAUAUGUUUGUGGAUUUAUUUUUAAUGUGACCAAAAGGUCUCACUUUUGACAAGAUAGUGACAGUUUUGUCUUCGCAUCUUCGAACAGGAAAAAGCACAGCAGGCAUUUAUCUGGACUUAGUGUUGUUUUAAGAGGCGACACUUGUCUCCAGAGUCAAAAUCCAUCUCUUUCUAGUCUCUCAAAGGGGCUCUUUCACUGGGUCAUCCAGUCAGUGAGUAAUGCCACUCAUGUACCACCGUGACAAAAGCUGGAGGGGGUGGGAGAAGAGGGGCGGUGGGCUUCCACUGGGAGCCACAGGCAACACCGAGUCUGGACCAAGGAGCUUCAUUUCACAGGCGGUGUGAGGCUUAAAGCUGAAGAUUACUUUGAAAUGUGCUUCCCCUCCACCAAACUUGGGCUCUCCCUCCAGCCGUCACUCCUGCUCCCAGAGAAAUAAAAAGAUGUUGCUAAAGAGCUGGGGUUGAGUCGGGAGUAGAUCCUCUUUGAUGACAGAGAAAGAUCCUUUUGUUCUCUAAUCCCAGCACAAGCACUGCCCCUCCUGAUCCAAAAUCCAAGUGGACGUGGAGGGGCUUCAUUAGCAGUCAGGGGCUCAACAGUUAUUAGUUUACCUGUUGGAGUGAAGUGAAACACUCGUGGCUUUGAUGCUCUGAUUUCUACUUCCAAUUGUCAGGCUUUCAUUACGUUCACAGCUCCAGGCUCAUGGACUUUGGUUCGGCUUUAGAGCACUUUGUCAUUUCGGAGCAUCAAAUUAAAUGAACUUUCAAAUUGAAUAAAGUGAAAAUAUUGAAGGAAAACAUAUGUUAUUAAGAAUUCAUACGAGCAAAUUUCUUAUUACAGUACACAGUGAUCCGAUACCUUUGUACUGCUAGACCAGUAAAAAUACAGUACAAGUGUGUUUAACCCCAGUGUUGCUAGCAGCAGUAGUAAUUGAAGUAGUUGUAGCAGUAAUAAUAGCUGCAGUAGGAGGAGGAGGAUGUAAAAUACCGCUAAUAUUAGCAGUACUAGGAAUUGGAGAAGUACAACUAUUUGUAGUGGUAGUCAUCGUGGAAGUAGAAGAAGCAGCAGCUGGGGUAAAAGUGGGCAAUGUACUUGAAAUUUUAGAGGUCGAGGUAGUAGUUACAAUGUAAUUACAAAUUAGAUUAGCAGUAGCAGAGUAGGAAGUAGUCGUAGGCUAGGCUUUAAUACAAAAAACAUUAUUUGUAUGCUUCUUUUUGAUUAUAAUAAACACAUCAUCCCUCAAAUGACCACAAUGUUCUUGCUCACAAGUACCAGCUUUUUCCACAAGGUGUUUUCCAACACCGUACGCAUGGUUUCAGGUCCAAUAACGACUAGACUGUAGCCCUUAAGUUCAUGAAUUUUUUUCUAGGUUUAUUUAGGCCGCCUUCUCAAAAAGUCUGAUGCUAUCCCAUCAGGUGAACGUGGUGGUAAAUUUUUAUUUUUUUAUUUUUUCAUGUUCACCAAAAUUUUCGGUCUCCCUUCCUGUGUGUGCGGAAGCUUCAUCCAGUUGGAACCAUCAUCUUUGACCCCUUGAUUACUUCCUCAAAAACAUAUAUAAACUAUAUUGUCAAAUACAAUACAACAAUAUUUUUUCUUGAAUUUAAGAAAUGUAUAUUUGUAAAAAGCAGUUUUUAUAUUCUUCAGUCGUUCAGUACUCGUCCUACUGGAGCGGUGGUGUCAGUGUUAAUAGUCACAGAAGCUUGAGUUUGUUGUAGCACAGCAUUAGAGGUAGCUGUAAUAGCAAUUGUACAGUGCAUGUGAUCAACAUAGGGUGAGUACCCUGUUGGUGUGGCUCUUCUCAAAACAGGUAGAAUUUUACAAUGCCAAUGAAACGCCCUCACAAUGUACUCACGGGAGAAAAAAAGAAAAACAAAGUUUGAGAAGUUUGCACUUGGCCAGUUGGUGAUGUCAGUCAUCAUUCAGGAAAACAAACAAGGUAUGAUGUUCAGAUUCAAGGAUGUUUUAUUGACAUUCCAGUUCAGUAAGAAAUCUGAGGCCCAAACUGAAGUCGUUGACAGCAAAAUAGGAGCAUUCACUACCAUAGAAAACAUAUAUCAAUGAUAAGACCGAAGAUAAUAUAUAUAAAUAUAUAUAUAUACUUAUAUAUAUAUUUUAUAUAUAUAAGUAUAUAUGUAUAUAUGUAUGUACCCUAUUAACAUUUAUCUUUUAGUAUGUAUAACAAAAGUUUAUUUAUUAACUUUUGUUUUCAAAAAACUAUUUUCAUUUAAAAAAUAUUUUCCAAAAACUAUAACAAUAAACCAACAGACUACUCAACAGUGGCAAGUUAAUUGAAAUACGUGUGAAGUCAGGAAAUCAUAAGACCCGGGUCAAAGGUCACCAGAGGUGUUUUCCUUGCGAACAACCUUUAGCUAUUAAGCUUGCCGUCCAGGAAGAAUGGGGUCACUGAAAGACAGACAGUCGCAGGGAUACAUUUCCUCCCUUCCUGCCCUGCUCCAUGAUGUUGCACAAGUGUGUGCAAAGUGUGUCUUUGAGUCAUUAUCAGAUUGGACACACAUAUUUGACAGGGCAGAUGAAAGUGUUCCUUUCGGUCACAACAUCUGUCCUGUCAGGAUGACCUCCAACUCAUCGCCCGAGGAAGCGAUUAUCUGGAGAGACACACUGGGGCGUCAUGUGGUUGUGUUGUCUGUGUGUGCGUCAAAAGGGACUGCACUGCCUUAAUUUGUGUGACAGCUUUAUGUAUUUGCAAGUUAUGUCGCACUAUAUGGCCUUCUUCAUUUGGUGAUAUUAACCUCAUAUUCUGCGUAUAUAUAUAUAUAUAUCAGAGAAAGUUUACUUUACAUUAGAGGGCUGGGCAUCAUAUCAUACAAGACUGAAUUGAAUUUUGCAGAAUAAACAAAUAGUAUGCUUAUGCAAAAUAAAGGGAGCUUUAUUUUCUGUUGAGGUGUAGGGCAGCCAUAUUGGAAUACGGCCAACAGCAUCUUCAUUAUAUAUUAUUAUUUAGUUAUGACAUAUUAUUCCAAAUGAGGUUGAAAAUAACGUCCAAAUGUACCUGGAUUAAUGGUCACUAGAGAGAGGCCGAGUUGCCUGGUUGCAUGAUGAUGAUGACCAGUAGGCUUCAUCUUCCUUAGUAAAGCCACUGUUCAUGUCAAAGUCAUGAACUUUGGUUUUAGACGGCCUGCUUCAGUCAAACGUAGAAGAUGCGCUGCUACUCUAGCACCCUCUGCCGAGAAGAGUGGAGAAUGCAGUGUGUAAUGUAGGAUUUUAAAAGAUACGUAGGUGGAGGGAUAACGUCAGCCUUGUUUGUUUUGUUUUGUUUUGUUUUGUUUUUUGUUAGGAGGAGCCACAGAGAGAAGCUUGGGAGAGUUUCCGGUCAUGUUCAGAAUCAGGUAUUUUUUCUUUUUUUUUUGUGAAGAAUGUAGCUAUUAAAUAUAGCAGACCCCAUAUUGAUGUAUUAGCAGCUACAACAAACAACUCCUCAGCCCCAUCUCGCUCAUAAUUUUGACUUUUUUUCCGAUUUGCUCAACUGUUUUAGUUGACCACGUUCAUCUUGUUUGUUUUUUUUUUAAUUCAGGCAGACUUAAAGAGACCAGUGGUGCAUGCUCACAUGGUUGCUCGUAUUUGUCACCUACACCACCAAAUACCUGUAGACAUUCUUGUCUGGGAAAACAUUAGUUUUUUCUGCAAGCUCUGUGACACUCUACCACGGUCCAGUGCGGAGACAGGAAAGGUUUUACACCUCAAUAUGAAGAAAAAUCAGCCAGUAAAUGUAGCUAACGGGACACGUCUGCAUACAGAGGCUGCGUUAUACACAAUAACAAAGUGCGUCGUGGGUCAGCUGAUCGGUCCGCGCACGUUAUGGUUUUUCCGGCUUUUUUCGGGGGCAUUCGAGUUCUGGAUUUUCGUUCAAAAUCCGAAGGAAAAAAAUCUCAAAAUUUUUUCGAACUCCCGAUUUGUUUGAAUUCGGGGACGUUCGAAAACUGUAGCACUGUCCUCAUUUUCAUUUUGAGUGUUCUUUGGAGGGUUUGUGUGGACCCCCCAUUUGUCGCUAAUAUAAGCGAAACGGGUGAGUGACGCACCUGGAUUCGUAGAGCUUAGGUUGCCUUCAGGUAACUACUAUUUACAUCAACUUUUUAUUUCAUCUCAUUGCCCAUUCACGUUUGACAUCUUUUCAAUAUUCAUUUUUCAUUUUUCCUCAUUUUAAAUUUGAUCCCGACAAGGUGAAACUCAAGUAUAUAUUUCAUUUUAGGAUGAUUGAAUUUGGGGUGAUAAAAGCUGGAGGUUCACUGCUUGCAAUGAAAAAAGAUUUCACACCAUUUAUCCGCUUGCAGGUUGGUUUUCUGGUCGUAGGAGAAAACCGGAGUCCCCGGAGAAAACCCACGCUUCUUUGAACGUCUGCUGUGUUUGAGUAAAACACAAAUACUCAGCAUUCUUUUUUUUCCAGGGUCAUGUCGGAGUGCUGAACAAGAGAACAUUUUCCUGUCUUCCCCUUUGACGUUUGAUCAAGCUGAGACACGCUCUGACUCUCCUGGACGUCACAGCCUCUUUACCUGCAUGUUUUUGGUCUGUAGGGGCAAACCGGAGUUCCCGGAGGAAACCCAUGCAGACACAGACGAAGGAAAGGCUGUGGCCACUGAAAGUCAGCAGUUACGGGCCAGUCUUGUGGCCUCCUGAGUGUCUGCGUGUGAGAAGCCACUGAAAGAGAUAUGGGGUGUCACGAGAAGGUGGAUCAAGGAGAGGUUUUCAAGUGAGUUGGCAUUUUCUAUUUGCUCCAGGAGCCUUUAGCUGACACUGAAUAGGAUGUCUGGGUUUGGUAACACUUUUUAACGGCACUUCAAGUGCAUCACAAAAUUCCACAUCAACAGUAUUGAAGGGUUGAUGAGGUUUCAUGAAACAAUGUCUUGAUUUUCUGAGGCCACCAGAUGGCACUGUCUGCCGUAUAAUGUUUGGUCUUGAGAAACUCAACAGGGCUUUACUGAUUUUAUGAUGAAAACCAAAACGUAUUGGAAACUACUCAAUAUUUGUGUGUUGUACAAUUAAAAAUCGAGUAAACUUCAUGUGCAUUUUUAUAUAUAAAACUAUAUAUCAAUUCAAUUAUUGAACUAUAUUGUAACACUAUUGGGCAUUUCACUGUUUAUUAUCCCUCAUAUUCAUUGUUUUUUAUUAAUAGUCAUGUGGCUAAAAAUACAUAAUUCUCUACACAAACAUGGGCUUUUGUAUGUUUUCACAUAUUCAUUAACUUAUAAAAAAACAAGCUUUAAAUAAUGAAAUAAAACUAAUAAUAUGACACAAAUUAUUAGGAUUUAAUCGUUUUGUCCAUAUUUUAAUAUUCAUUACAUUUACAGAAAAUGAGGCAUUAUUUUGUGUCCCCUCUUGUGGCUGUGACACAACAGAACUGGUUUAGAUUCUUACUGCCAUUUGAUCUGUCGGCAACAGUUUUGAAACCUUUGCUCAACAUCGCCUUUGCAAUUCCUUGUCCUCACAAAAACAUAGCUAUGACUGGUGAUGGGUAGAUGAGGCAUCAUGAAACAGUAUUGCUGGGUUGAUGAAACAGUGUCCUGAUUUUCAUGGGCCACUAGAUGGCACUCGUGGUUUAGAAAUGAUGUGAGGCUGUGAGACAGUGCCACCUGGUGGCCUCUGAAAAUCAGGACACUGUGUCAUGAAACCUCAUCUACCCUUCAAUACUGUGUCACAAACCCUCAAUUCCCCAUCACAAACAAUAAUUCAAAGAUGGCGUACGCGUCCAAACUAGAUCAAAGUGUGGACUGACAAUGGACUGCGUUCAGAAUGGUGCGACUUUCAAAGGGGAACGCUGGAGGUAAAGGGGUGCCACGACAAUGUUUUCAAAAAGUGGUUGUUUUGUUUUGAUGAAGACGUGACAGCAGGACAUCCGAAACAGAACUUGUAUGGAUACAGCCGACACCAUCUUUGUGUGACCUUCACAUAUAAUGUCCUCACAAGAUUAGAUUGUGAUCAAGACUACACACCAGUUAGUAUCUUGACUCUGUGCAGUUUAGAGGCAAACUGGUCAUUGACUGUGAACUCAUGAUCCUUCUCAACCUCUUUGGACCUGGGCUCUUUGAUGAGAACUCUCUGUGUCUGUUUCCCACACGCCAAAGACUGAAGCGCUCGCACCAACUCCCGCUCUGGGAUGUCCGUCUCUUGCUGGAUCUCCUGCAGUUUGGAAAUAACAGAUUGAUUUGAAGUUAAUCAUCAGAAGAGAGGUGUAGAAGGUUGUGCACCUCAAACGUCCACUUGUCUCUGUUGUUGAAGAGCAUGAGGAUGGUCAUGUGGAAAGUGGAGACCUGCAGAAUGUGCUUGCGGGUGUUGUUGCCUGUCACCUGGGCGCCUCCCACACCCACAUCAGAACCGUCCUCCUUUAAAACAGACAUUGUUCAGCGACUCUGAAGAAUACACUUAGAACCCUUGUUCCAAGUGACACACACCUUCACUACGACUCCAUAGAACAUUGCAUUUAAAUCUGCGCUACCCAUAUGAUGCUGCAGGGUGAGCCGCCGUCCGCUGUGUUUGGCCAGAUAAAACCUGAAAGAAAUGUUGGAGAUGGUGGUAAUGGAGAAUAGGUGUGACUCAAGAUAGGAUCAAAUCGGAGUGGCUGACUUGCUGUGGCAACCCUUGAUGGGAAAUAAAGUAAAACCUAUUGUCAGACCCACUUACAUCCUGAACACUUCAAACGCGUGUCGAGGAGAAGAGUGGAUGUUGCACCUCGGCGUGGCCAACUGCACCGGCCAGAAACCAGUUGUGAGAACUCUGACUGUGAGAUCUACACCGCUGAGUGACGUCUGUGGGAGACAUUUGCUAGGGUCAUGCAAGCCUUUUCGCAUUAGAGAAUCCUGUAACAAACUCACUGAUGUGGACUGAAUAUGCUGCCUGAACUCGUCCAUGGUUGUGACGGAGACGCACAUGUCUCGAAACAUCCCCUCCAGUUUGGACGUAAACUGGCACCCACAUUCCGUCUGCAAAUACGUCCAAAAACAGCGGUCAGAGAAUAGUUGCUAUUUGAGGCAUUAGGAGUGAGAAUGUGUUGGACAAGUCGCAUUGAGUCAUGUACCUGAAGAUGAUACACAGUGACACUUAGGGAUGGGCGAUAACUUGUUGUACACAAUAUACCGCCAAACACAAUCUCCACGAUGACAGUUCUGCAUCUCACAAUGAAUUAGAUAAACACGUGCCACACUCAGAGCAUCGGACCUGCACAUGUGACCGCAACUCCACACUGCGCUCUCCUGCGUUUGACAGCCGACACCGCUGUGUGACAGUUGAGGACAGUGUGGUGGACUUUCAUGAUCGUAGUUGUAAACAUAUUUUUAAUACAGGGAACCUUUCAUAAUGACACUGGUCGACUCAAGAGUGUCUGCACUCAUGUUUAUUUUAUUAGACGGAGUGGUCGUCUGCCUUUGUUCACAUCAACACACGCAGCUCCUGCUGCGCUGGCGCCUCUAUUAUAUUAACUAUUAUAUUUAAACAUAAACAAAUAAUGAUGUUGGAGACAAACUCCUCCAAUAAGUUUCGUCAUAAAACAGUUUCACAAGAGACUGUAGUGUCCAACACGUGGAAUAGAGUGAAAAUGUAUUUAGUAUCGCCAAAUUUACAACAUUUAUCGCGAUAACUUUUUUUGGUAUCGUAUCGCCCAUCCCUAGUGACACUUGGCCAAAGUUGACGUAGAAGACAGCCUUCAGCAACGCAUGUUGACGCAAAAGGCUUUUCAAUUGAAGCAAACGUUUCCCUAUCAGCAGCGUUUCCUGAUGUUAAAGAAUGGCUUGGACAAGGAAGCACAUUGUUGACAAUCAUAUGCACAUUACUCAUGAUGUUACUUGGUCUAUGUGGUACCUCGUGAAUAUGAGCUUUCAGCACCUUACAAGCUCAUUAUCACAAGGUAUGAUAUAUGUCAAGUGUAUACAAGAUUGCUGCCUUGGCCAAUGGCUAAACCCUUGCUACAACUGUUUAGAAUGCGCUGUGAAGCUCUACCAACUGUGUUGGACAUUUUAGGAAACACCUCAGUUUCUUCUAGGUUUUGCAGGCAAAUUUUGAAACAGUCGUGCUACCAACUUCAAUGGAUGAUUUUUCAGAUGUGUUGGUGGAGGUCUGUGCUCUCUGAGUGUUUUUCUAGCUGUGUUUGUUGAAACUUUCACCUUGAGUCGAAGCAACAUGCUCUUCUCCGGGUCGUCCGACACACUCCUGUUGCUGAGGAGUCUGCGGGCUAGAUGCUGACGGUAGUAUCGUUCGAACACGUCCUUCUCCUGCAGGAACCUGAACAACACGACUGACUUGUCAAAAAUAGACUCCAGCUCCUGUUCUGCAGACUGCUCAAGGGGGGAAACGGAGAUCAUGAGUAAUGUUGCACCUCAUCAACAAGUAAUGUCAAUACAGUAUCUAGGUAUCCACAAACCCCUUUCACCCCCUUUUUAAGUUUAUCAUCGAUGAAAAGAGAAAGGUACUCUGGGGAGCGGGAGUUGAGGUUGAGGAAAAACUCAAAAUCUCCGGCGAUGGUUUGUUUAAAAAUCUUGUCGUUGUUGAAGGACCCGAAGAGGAAGGUGUCAAAUUUUGUCUUCAGGUCGAGCAACCCCUGGAAGAAGCAGGACGUUAUGGCAUAUGAAGAAUGUCUUUUCCUCUUCUCAGGAACAUACCUGAAUUAGUUCAACUGGGUUCUUGCUCUUGCAGUCCUCCGACAUGAUGGCCUUCCCCUGCUCCCUCAGGUAGGGACUCAGACAGUCACACAUGGUUUUACGGCCAUCAGGCACACGGCAGAACAUGUUGAACAUGUCUCUCAUUUCUGAAAAGCAACAUGAAGUUUACGCUAGUAGCAAGAGUUUCAAUAGAUUCCAAGCGUCAUGUUCUCAUGCGUCAUUCUUUCGCUUUUGUUACCUUCCAUUAGUCCAUUCUUCAGCAUGUGGACGAGUCCUGAGUCCUCCAUUUCAACUAUGGUCUUCAUGUGCUUAUAAAUCAUCUCGUUCUCCACGACCUUCACGACGAGCUCCUCUGUCAUCUGAUCCAAACAGUGCGUCACUCUGUCGAUCUCCUCCUGGAUCCUGGCCUCCACUUUCUUAAUGUAGAUGAUGGCACUGCAUUCUGGGAGGAGGCUUUGACUUUCCAGCUGAAGAUGCAGGCAACAUCACAAAGACCUUCCUUUGACAGUUUGUUUGUGAUUUAUAAGCACGAUGGAAUGAUACUGACCUGAUAGAAUUCUUCGGAUUUCACUAAGUAGGGCAUCUCAAAACAUUCUUCAUAAACAGAUCUGCUCUCCAGGCCGAGAACCUUCAGCAUGUGACAGGUGUUUCUUAUGGAGCCCCUUUAAAACAAAACAAGAAUUAAAUCUUACGGAGCCCCUUAAAGCAUUUUAAGAUAUUCCCACUAGGGGGCAGCACGUGAUGGUGCUGUGGUGGCCAUGGUGUUGGACAGACCAGUGUCUUCAGUGCGAUUUCCUCCAUCGGCAUGUGACCAUGAGUAUCUGCUUGAUUUCGCAGUGAUGGGUAGAUGAGGUUUCAUGAAACAGUGUCCUGAUUUUCAGAGGCCACCAGAUGGCACUGUCUGCUGUAAAGUGUUUGGACUUGAAUUCAAUGAAACCUCACAGCAUUUUCAUUCCAAGAGCGUCACCUAGUGGCCUCAGAAAAUUAGGACACUGUUUCAUCUACUCUGCAAUACUGUUUCAUGAUGCCUCAUCCAUCCAUCACUAUGACUACGAUUGGGCUAUUCUAUAUAUGCAACAGGUUGGCUGCUGGGUUGGGUGCUUAUUGGGUGCAAAAUUCUCACCACUUAACAUACAUUUCAAUUUUCUUUGUUUUGACUUGAUCGUAAACCAACAUUUGGUCACGCACAAUUUACCUGUCGACAGCUUCUCCUCGCCGUUCUCGCAAGAUCAUGUCGAGAAGAGUGGCUUGUAAGUGAUCUUGUAUAAUGCUGUAGUUGAUCACCUGCACUUUGAAGAUGCUGAGGCCGAGGUUGUACACAUUGUGAUUGUUGCCUUGCUCCAAAAAGACUUUGUCCUGUUUUGUAAAGAGUUGUCCAGUUUUAGAGCGAUAAUUUCAAAGUGCAAUUGUUUGAAUUCAUGUCGCCCCACCAGGUACAUGAGGAUGUCUUUGAUGAGGACCAUGGCAGUCGUGUGGUCGUUCCAUGCUUGAACCAGUGUGUGAAGAAAAUUAUUGUUUAUAGAGUUGAGGAUGUCUUCCCGAACCUGUCGUCAUAAAAGGGCAAAUGAGUAUUUCUAAAAAUGUUGCAUCAUAGUUUAUUGAGAGCAAAUAGAUGAUAAAGAAAAGAACAUCAUGACUAUGGAAAGAAAGUGGAAAUAAUGUAAAAACAGAAUCUGGAAAAAAAUUCAAGUCAAAUAAAAACAUGAAAAUCACUUUUUAAAGUUUAUAUUGACUUGAGAGAAAUUCAGAAAUUAUAAACAAAGAAGUAUAUUAAAUAUUUCAUGAUUAUUUACUUUUAAUUAUUUUGAAAUUAAUUUAUUUUAGUCAAAAAUGUUGAGUUUUUCUGUUUAUUAUAGCUAAUCUAUUUUGAAUGUAAUAAUUUUGGAAAAUGACAUUGUGAAAAAAAAUAUUAUUGAAUGUAUUAAUAAGAAUGUCUAUGUUGCAGGAAAUAAGAUGAGGAAGAGUCGGGUAAAUAAAAGUGAAAUUUGAGCUCGAACAUAAAGCAAGAUUAAUUAAAAGAUAUUGGUAUUUAAAAACAGGAUUUAUGUUGAUGCAAAAUAUUGUUAUUUUCAUACUAUUGUUUUUUUAUGGUAGAAAAAUGGUUUCAUUACUUUUCAUUCUAUUGUUUUUUUUUAUGGUAGAAAAAUGGUUUCAUUACUUUGUUGAUGAGAUGCUCCGUGACCACCUCCUCCAAGCCCGCGUAGAGCUUCUCUCCGUGUUUGUAGCGGACAAUUGUGUAAGUGUUCCGAUACAAAUCAUCAAAAAUGAGCCCAUUGUUGUUCUUAUGGGUCUGUAUCUCCUGGAUGGCGGUCCUGAGAAUGUCCCAAGCAUUCAGACACCUCUCAUCCAUAACUAAAUGGAAAAAAUACAUGUCAAAGUCAGGUUUUGAAUCCAUAUCAAUCUAAGCACAUUUAUACAUAUAAACAUUAAUUGAAUUAUUAUACAUAUUAUUGUGGUUAAUAAGAUCUGAAUUCACUAGAAUUAUUGUCAAUGCUUUAAAUUUGUUCAUCUUUCUUCAGGGACCAGAGGAUGAGAGAGGACGCAGGAAUUAGAGGUGAUAAAAACAGGUCAAAGGGAAGUGAAGAAGACAGUGCCGGGCUGUUUUCAUUGGAAAGGACAAGAUUAGAAACAAAUACAUCAGUUGGGAAAAGUUUGAUGCUCAUGGAGAGCCGGACAUGGAAUGUACGAAAUGUCGGAACAAAGAGAAGAUAAAGAUAGAGGAUGCCCAGGGGGCAAAUGCAGGGAGACAAAGAUCAAGAAGUUUUCCUUCCCUCAGUCCAAAACCAUCUGUAGCUGUUGGCGUUUUCGGUGUGUUUACUGUCGAUAUGUGUCCUGUGAAGGACUUGCGACCUGUGCUGGGUGUCCCUGCCUCUUGCCCCAAGUAGCUGGGAUAGGCUCCAACCCCCUGCAAUUCUGUCAAGCAAAUAAGCUGAAUAUUAGAAAAGUUACAAAGUCAUUUGGUACAGACCAUCUAUGCUUCAUUCUGCAAUCUAAUCUGUAACAACUGUGAAGGUGCUCACGAUAUAAUAAUGCUUUAUUAGACGCGCACAAAUGGUGUCCUUGAUGUGUUUUGCAUGUGAACAUGUAAAGAGUUCUUACCGUAAUAUUAAAUUCUAGCUUCUAAUUAUUUGGGGGUUGUUGUGAUGGUUCCACAGCUACUAUAUAUGAACAUUAAUCCUUUGAUCAUCAAAGGGUUUUUUAAAACAGCCUUUUGACUAAAACAGUUGAAAAGCAGUUUUUGGGAUGAUCUCAUCUGCCAUCUCAAUAUAAACUGAGAAUGUUGGGGUUAUAUCAUUUUCACAUAGAGAGUGCUGUCUCUUUUUAAAAGAUAAAACAGUCGUCCAUGAAGCUCUGCAUGUGAACAGCUGAAGGAAACCAGCACGAGAGGACUCGAGCGUCCUUUGAAACCAGUUUCCUCAAGUUGGUUUUGAACCUGCAUUGACAACUACGCCUUAACAGACAUUCCACCUUUAAACAUGAAUAGUCAAAGUUGAAAGUUUGGGUGAAUAUCAGUGCUUUAAUCUGGUUACAACGGAAUGAAUAUUAGUUUUAGUGUUGCUGGCAUUGUGGGAAAAUGAAAUCUGUCAGUCAAAAGUAUCUGGAAAACGUGAAUACGAGCUAAAUACGAUUUGCAGAAAAAAUGUCAUGACAAGAGGAAAAAAUAAUGGGGGGAAAUUCAGGCAAACAGGCAUGACCCAACUGUGAUGAUAACAAUACUCAAGGAUGCAGUUGUGCAUUGGGGCGUCCUUUGAUCCCAAGAUUAGUAUCAAAGUCUUUUUUUUUACGAAUUUAUUUCCGUAUGUUUUCUCACUCAAUUGCAUUGCUCUUCACUGUUUCUACUGUGUAUGUGUUGUCAGAGCUUCUGCCCCCUGCUGUUCGGCAUCCAGGAGAUAUUUUCCUAGCUGAACUUAUUCACCAGAUUUUUGUGGGAUGGCAGGCGACGUGACAAAUGUGAACAACCUCUGGGAACUCCUGAAAAAUGCCAUCCAGAAAAUCCAGGUUCAGGACAACGAUGGCUUGAGCUUUGAGGAGCUGUACAGGCACGCGUACACCAUGGUGCUCCACAAGCAAGGAGAGAAACUGUACAAAGGUGUGCAGGAGGUCGUCACGGAACAUCUUGCCAGCAGAGUGUUGAAAGAGGUUCUGAAUGCUCCAAACUUUUUGCAAACAAUGAACCAAGCCUGGGCCGACCACAUGAAUGCCAUGGUGAUGACCAAAGACAUUGUCAUGUACUUGGACAGAGUCUAUAUUCAAACCUACAGGGUGCCAAGUGUGUACAACCUCGGCCUCACCCUCUUCAGAGGCUGUAUUUUAGGUGACGUCUGCGUUCAAGACCGCCUCCGUCAAACACUGCUGGACAUGAUCUCACUGGAGAGGAGGGGAGAAGUUGUUGAUAGGAAUGCCAUUAGAAGUGCCUGUAAGAUGAUGGUGACCCUCGGUCAGGGCAGCAGGUCUGUGUAUGAAGAAAACUUUGAAGAAGCCUUCCUGGAUAUGUCGCAACACUUCUUUAAGAUGGAAAAUGAACGAUUUCUUCAGGAAAAGAGUCCAAUUGACAUCAUUAAAAAAGUGGAGGCCAGAAUUCUAGAGGAGACUGAAAGAGUUCAGUCUUGUUUGGACAAAUCCACGGAGGAGCCACUGGUCAGAUUGAUGGAAGAGGAGUUGAUUUCUAAACAUGUGAGGAAUAUUGUGACAGCUGAGAGCUCUGGCCUCAUCCACAUGCUUCAGGAAAACAAAACAGAAGACCUGGCCAGCAUGUACAAGCUGUUCAGUCGAACACAGGGUGGUAUAAAUACUAUGUGCGAGUGUUUGAGUACUUACUUGAGAGACCAAGGAAGAGCUCUCAUGUUGAAGACACUGAAGAACAUGAACCCAGUCACCAUCGUCCAGGGAUUGUUAGAUCUGAUGGCCCACAUGGACCACUUCCUCCUCGAAUCUUUCAACAAUGACUAUGAAUUCAAACAAACCAUUACAAGAGACUUUGAGUAUUUGCUCACCCUCAGUCCUCGAUCGCCGGAGUUUCUCUCCCUGUUCAUCGACAACAAGCUGAGGAGGAGAUUCCAUGGGAUUCCAGAAAAGGAGGUGGAGUGGAACAUUGUGAAGGUCAUGCAGCUGUUCAGAUUAAUGCAAGAUAAAGAAGCAUUCAGGCGUUAUUACAGCCAACAUUUAGCCAACAGGCUGCUCUAUGGCAGAAAUUUCUCAGAAAAAUAUGAAAUGAAGAUUAUAUCUAAGAUGACGGUGGAGGCUGGCGCUGAGUUUACCUCAAAACUUCAGGGGAUGCUGACAGAUAUGAGCACGUCUGUCACCACGAUGGAAGAGUUCAGUCAGCCGUCUUCAGUGGAGCUGACGGUGAAAAUCCUCACAAACGGUUACUGGCCAGUGGAGUUGGAUUUAAACAAAUACAGCAUACCAUCGUCAGUCAGACACAUCUUUGACAGCUUCAGAAAAUUUUACCUCAGCAAACACCCCGACAGAAGACUGAUCUUACAGCCCCACAUGGGCGUGGCUGAUGUGCAUGCAACGUUCCAAAGCUCUGCUCAGAUGGUAAAAACGUUUUCAUUAACGUUCUCAUACACACUUUUCACUGUUGAUGUUCCUCUAUAUUUUGAUCAGGAGGAAGACGUGUCAGAGGAAGACACUGGAGGAACCCAGAUAAGCAGCGCCUCUCAGUACAUAUUGCAAGUGUCCACUCUCCAAAUGAUCAUCCUCAUGCUCUUUAACAAGAGAGAAAAGUGGACGUUUCAGGACAUCCAGCAAAAGCUGAAUGUCAGAAAGUCGCCGUUGAUUUCAGCGCUGCAGUCUUUGGCCUGCGGGAGUCGGAUGCACAACGUUCUCAGCAAAGAGCCAAAAUCCAAGGAGAUCAAGAAAGACCACGUGUUUGUCGUCAAUAAUCAGUUCAGUUCAAGGCGAAGAACAGUCAGAAUUUCAAGUGUCCAAAAUUUACCAAUGUUUUCUUAAAUGCCUUAUUUAUAUCGACUGACAUUUAUUUUUAUACAACAGGGUUUUGUUGAGCCAUUCCAGUCACACAAUUGUGCAGGCUGCAACAUGGAACAUUUGUCCUUCCAUCAGUGAAUCAUUCAAAAACUCCUUAUUAUGCUCCAACUGUCUCAGUCGAAUAUGAAUUUUAUGCGAAAAUAACCUGAUGCAGAUUGCAUUUACUGUAAUGAAACCAAACCAUCGCUGACCAUGACCAAUCGAAACACAUUUACGCCAAAACUAAGCAAUAAAACGUGUCUUAAACUUAGUCAUGUGAUAGAUGCUACUGUCUUUAUCAUUUACUGUCAUGAAACCCAACCAUCGCUGACCAUGUCAUGUCGCUUAAGUGUGAUGAAGAAAGCAGCCCUAGUUUAGUUGCGGUGUCGUGCAAUGCUUCGCCACUAGGUUGUGCUCUUUCACCACACGACAAUUUUCAUUUUCCAGGGCCGCAAUGCCGCAAUCACGACCUGUUAAAAGUCAAAGAUUCAUCCGCAGUUUUGCCAAUAAUUACCCUAAUGGAGCUCAAAGCCCCUAAUCGAAUGUAGUAUACAUAGAGAAGUCCCUGAUCCGUAUUAGGUCAACAUUAUGACUCAUGAUUUCAGUAGCCUGUUUUUGUGUGUCAAGACAAAUAUUUGUACAAUAAUUUCAACAAGGAAAUCAUGCGGCUUUUUGGAAUUCAGUGUACUGGAAAAUAAUGUGUAUAAAUACUUGGACGAAGCUUUAUAGUGUUAUAACGUGAUAUUUGUAUUAAUACAGUAAUAUUGUAUAUAAAAAAAUAUAUAAAAUGGGUGAAACGUAAGCGAAACAUUUUCUGCUU